GGCCAUUCAAGACAUCGUGGUCACCACCAGGGAAUUGACAGCACAUCAUCGACCAGCACCGUUGACUUAAUGGCGGCGCAGCAGCAGGUGAAUGUGACCGACUUGGAGCGAGCUGUGUUGUACGCCUUCCAGUACGCAGGCGCUAGUCUGAACGAUGCCGAGUCGCAGAAGAUCAAGGAGGAGGCGGAGCUGUACUGCCUCGUCGCCAAGCAAAGGAGCUACCAGUUGUUCCUGCAACUGUUUGAGGUAUCGUCGCACGACGAGGUCAAGUUCUACUCGCUGCAGGCGUUGCAAGAGUACCUGACGGAAGGCUCUGCGUUGCAUACCCAGCUAACGUACAACAUGUCCCUUCAUAUCCGCACCAAGCUGUUGGCGUGGUUGCAGGUGCAGGACAGCUUACCGUCGUUUGUGAAAACCAAACUCGCUGUCGUGAUCGCUCUUCUGAUUCGCCGCGACUACCCCGACGCAUGGGGCUCGGCCUUCCACGACUUGUUGGCGUUGCUCCCGCGUGGUCCGUUCAUGGUGGAGAUGUACUUUUGCAUCUUGAAUGCUACGUACGAAGAGAUUGUCGAGUUCGACUCGACCCGCUACGGGGCCGAAUACGCCAGCCACAAUAUGAAGAUCAAGGACGCGAUGCGCGAUGGCCCGACCAGCUGCAUCGCUCAGUCGUUUGACGUGAUUUACAACGUCCUGACGGCAUACGACCAAAGCGACGGUCAUCUCUUGGCCUUGUCGUUGGCGGGGCUAGAAACUCUCCAAAAGUACAUUCAAUGGGUCGACAUUGCCCUUGUGAUGCGGUUCGUGCCGCUGUUGUACCACACGUUGUCGCAUUUCGACGCGCUUCGAUGCCGCGCGGCCAACUGUCUUAACCAAGUUGUGGCCAAAGGCAUGCAGCCCGACAAGAAGCUGGCGCUGUACACGUCGCUGGACCUCGUGCCGGUGCUCACUGCGUUGAGGCAGUCCGUGCUACAUGACGACGACGACGUGUGCGAAGAGAUUGGCGAAGUGGUCAACACGGUGGGACUGGAACUCAUCAUGUGCAUCGAUUCAUUCCGGCAAACCAACGACCAGGACCGAUACCAAGCAGCAAGUGCGAUGCUGGCAUCGCUCAUGCCCAUCACGUGGUUCUUGUUUGCCCACGACAGUACCGAUGUAUCGCAGGAAGUGCUUGAAGUGGUGAAUGCACUCACGGGCCUCUUGCGAAGCGAACGUCCACAAGACGUGUUCCAGCCGUCGCAGUAUCUCAGUCCGUGGCUCCAUGGUAUUUACCGGCAAAUGCGGUACCCGGACGAAGCCGACCAGGUGGACGACGCCGAAUUCGAAGACUACCGCCGCCAACUACGCUCCAUAUAUGUCAAUUUGACACGGAUGCGACCCGAUGUGAUCUUGCAGUACAUUGCCACGUUGCUCCAAGACGCGCUGCAAAAUCUCCGCACGAUGGACCACCGCGACCUGGAAGCGUGCUUGGCGCUCGUGUAUCACUUCAAGGAGGGGCUCACGGGGGUCGAAUUCCCCCAGCAGUACGAUGACCCCCAAGGACCCUUCAUGCAGUUGGUCGUGGCGAUUCACACUGCGUUUCUGGCGCCGCAUCUCAACUUGCCCGCGUUCCACUACCGCACCCUGUGCAUGUAUUACGAGAUCACGACGCGCUAUAGCACCCUUCUUCGCAUCGACUCGAACUUGUUGCUGUUGCUGCUGCAGCGCAUCUUCGGGUCGGCCGGCGUCGGACACCUCCAUCCAACUGUGCGCUCCCGGUCGUGUUAUUUGGUCCUGCGCCUUCUGAAGUCGCUCGGAAGUGCCGUGCAUCCCCACAUGUCGCAGCUCUUGCAAGCGAUUGAACCCCACUUGGUGGUGCCGGGCACGGACGCGUCGGCCGCCGCCGCGAAAGCCGACGGCCUCACCCUCGAGGAUCAAUUGUAUUUAUUUGAACUCACGGGGUUUCUGAUUGGAUCGAUGCCUGCCGCCGACAACCAGCUCAAGUGGCAGUACGUGGAAAUCGUGCUCACCCCCCAGCUCGCGCAGCUGGACCAGUGUCUGCGCCAGCCGCCAUCCGCCGAGAUCAGCGUCCAUCUGGCGUCCGUCCUGAACGCCAUGACCCACAUCCUCAAGGGCUUCAAGAGUCGCCAGACGCAAGCGAUCUUCUCCACGACGUUGUCGGCUGCGGCCAGUGUGCUGCUGGCGUACCGCACCAGUGACAUUGUGCGCAGCAAAGUGAUCAUCACUCUGCAUCGGCUGGUGAUUCUGCUGGAUCCGGCCGUGUUUUUGUCACGGGCUGACGUCUUGGCCGUGCUCAUGCAGUGCUGCGAAGCGAACGACGUGGUCGAAGUCGUCCAGCUGAUGAACCAGCUCAUCAUCCAGUACAAAACCGUGCCAGACUUCUACAACGUCCUCGACCGGAACGCGCUUCCGUUCUUGCAGCGCAUGGUGCAGUUGAUCUUAUCCGACCAGACCAAUGCCACGGAAAAAGCCACCGCCCAAAAGUACCUGUACUCGUUCCUGAUGAACGUCGUCCAGCACCGCCUCACGGGGGUAUUGGGCUCCCCCACGAAUGCCGCAUCGCUGCCCCAGGUGUUUCAGCUGAUCCUGGACGGGUUCAGCAUGGAGCUGCACAUCAUUCGGGCAGUUUCGACCUUUUGCCAGAACUUGGUCGAGCACGUGUUCAAAGAAAACGCCAACCUUCUGGCCGACCACCGCGACCACGUGCGCCUCUUUCUGCUUCAAGACGUGCUGCCGCUGUUGUUUCAAGUCGUGCACACCAAAGAAUUUAACGCCCGAGAUGCCCAGAGCCUCAUCGUGCUGCGCGAUGUGGCCAAGCUGCAAGUGGCCAUCUACGGCUCGGCCUUGCGGGAGGACUUGAUCCAUGCAUUGCGUGCGUAUUUCGCCACGAUCAGCAUGCCCGUGCAGUUGGUCGACGAGUACUGUGACGCUGUUCGUUCGGAGAACGUGUCCAACGUUGUGAGCAAGUACGCUGCGUUUGUCCAGUCUUGAGCGCAUUGGUUUUUCAUUCCAUGAGCCCCCCUCCCCCCCGACAACCACUAGCAUCGGCGCCGUUUCGCCCCCUUUAUGCGCGGCAAGUUUAAUAGACCCAAUUAUUCAAGUUAUUCAGUAGUACGUAGUAGUUCAUUGCUUGAUUCGUUUUAGUUGUUAUCCUUCCUUUUGCAGCAGAAGCGCCACCCCUGCCAUGAUCCAUUUGGCCUUGGCCACCUUGGUGCUCAACGUAGCCAAAAACACAAACGUCGGACCUCGUUGCGACGUCAUGUACACGGGGCAUUCGUACACGGACGUGUCGUGGCGAAAGUAUCCGGUGGCAGUCGCCUCCCAGUCUUCUUUGAUCGACACCGCGCG